AUGAAAUCAGGAAGCCAAAAUAACAACCAACCAAGACACCGUAAAACCCAAAGGCUUAUUGAGCCACUUUACCAAGCAUCCUACCGAGAAGUAAUGCAUGAUCUCAAACUGCUUAAUGAUUUAUCUCCAAAAAAGCCAGUUAUCCCGACUGAAACAAUUCUUCCCCUAAAGCGGCCGAGACCUGAAAGACCCGUCGAAACCAUCGAGGAGACCCAAGCCCUUGAAAUGCUCGUUUCUUUAAUAGAGAAAACUGAGGUCAAAAUUCCUAAGGCCCAAUCUCCAAGAAUAGAAAAAACAACAGUGAAAAGUCCUAAGGCCCAAACUCCUAAGUCGGUGAAUGUACAACCAACAGGAGCGUAUCAGCAAGCCCAGAUGAUGAAGUUAGGCAUGUUUUGGAGCCAAUACAUGAUGAUGAUGCAGUGGCAAAAUUAUUAUGCUAACUUGAAUUACUAUGGAGGCCCAGUAAAAAAGUUUCAAACAGAAAUCAAGCAGAACGUUUACACUGAUGUGUCUGCUGGAAAUUUGUAA